UAAGAGGGAAAGUAAACCUACCGUGUGCGUGCACGCGCGUUUCAAACGGCUCGUGUGUGAAUAUAAAGACGAUCGUAGUAGAGAACAUGUUCAAACUGUUCAAAGUAGUGCAGCGCGAGCUGUCGUGGGGUCGGCAUCACUUCAACGCGACCGUAAUUGCUCGUCCCUUUCGCGACAUUAACGACGUUACAGCAACGAGAUUGAACACAAGGAGCCCUUGGACCCGAAAGUUCUCGACGCAUUUACGCGAGAUGGUGAAGGCGAAAAAGUAUGUGGUGGUGAGUCAUUUCGUGAACGAAGCGAAACCGACGGAUUUAAAACUGGUGGAAGAAGAGCUGCCGCCGUUGAAGAAUGGAGAAUAUCUCGUGGAAGCGGAAUACUUUUCUGUGGACCCAUACAUGAGACCGUACGUGCAAAGAUUCCCGCUCGGGAUCACGAUGAUCGGCGGUCAGAUCGCCAAGAUCAUACAAUCUAAGAACCCGGAUUUUCCGGUCGGCAAGAAGAUCGUCGCAAGCCUGGGUUGGAGAACUCACACGAUAGUAAAUCCGAAUGUCGUCGAUGAUACGGCGUUACAGCAGCCGUACAUUUUGCCGGACAUAGGCGAUCUGCCGGCGUCCCUUGGCCUAGGCGUGCUGGGAAUGCCGGGCAACACGGCAUAUUUCGGCUUGAUGGAAAUAUGCAAACCUAAGCCCGGCGAAACAAUCGUCAUCACCGGAGCCGCAGGUGCGGUCGGCUCGCACGUAGGCCAGAUCGCCAAGAAUCUGGGCCUGACUGUCAUCGGUAUAUGCGGCUCCGACGAGAAGUGCAAGUGGCUCACCGAGGAAUUGGGUUUCGAUUCCGCCAUCAAUUACAAAACCAUGCCGAUCGCGGCCAGCAUACGCAAAGCCGCCCCGCACGGCGUGGAUUGCUACUUCGAUAACGUUGGCGGAGAGAUUUCUAGCACAGUCAUGUACCAGAUGAGGCAAUUCGGCCGGGUAGCCGUGUGCGGCAGCAUCUCGAGCUACGACGCGGACGCCUCGUCCUUGCCCAAGUGCGGGAUCCUGCAACCCACGAUAGUGUUCAACCAAUUGAAGAUUGAGGGUUUCGUUGUUACACGCUGGAAUGAUCGUUGGAACGAGGGAAUCAUGCAGAACUUGCGUUUGAUACGCGAGGGCAAGCUCCACUACCGCGAGACCGUGACAAAAGGCUUCGAGAACAUGUUCGAUGCGUUCAUGGGCAUGUUGCGCGGCGAGAACAUCGGAAAAGCGAUCGUCCAAGCGUAGACAUCAACGUCGCGAUCGUCGUUGGUGAUCGCUAAUACUUCUUAUAUAUAUUCCCGUUCGCUCGUAAUUCCAUAACUGCAUUUGUUAAUAUUGAUCAAGCGUUUAGACAUUUAAAAGGCCAGAAUUAAUUAACAUAUAUAUAAUUAUCAAGCAUUUGUUUUCAAAAAUAAAUUAUAUCUAGUAGAAAAAUAGCCAGUUCUUUUUACUUGUCAAGCAAUUUGUAGUAUCUUUGGAUUUUACAAUAAAAGAAACCAAGACUAUAAAAAAUUAUAUAUA